AUGAGUCUCCUCAAAGAACGUAAACCAAAGAAGCCUCAUUACAUCCCAAGACCACCAGGAAAGCCAUUUAAGUACAAGUGCUUUCAGUGCCCCUUUACUUGCAAUGAGAAAUCCCACCUUUUUAACCAUAUGAAGUAUGGCCUCUGCAAAAACUCUAUCACUUUAGUAUCAGAGCAGGAUCGUGUUAUCAAGUGUCCAAAGACCAGUUCCUUGGAGCCCAAACAGAUCAAUCAGCUUGAAUCUACAGUCAAACCAACUUCUUCUAAAUCUGUCACAAAUGGACUGUCAAAUCUCGAUUCAAAGCCUCAAUAUCCUUUUGCAAAAGAAGACGCCAAGGAAAACGUUGAAUUACAAAACCAGGCAACAAACACAACAACUCAAGGACAAAAACCUGCGAUUCAGAAGGAAUUAACCCCUAGCAGCACUACAACAGAAAGUGCUAUCAGCAUGCAGCCGCUUUUGGACAGCAUUGGAAGGCCCUCGGCUUUUGUUCCUGUAGGAGAACACAGAGAUAGUAAAGACCCAGAAACUAAUGAAGUAUCUGAAAUUAUAUCUCUCUCUAACAAAAGUUCACCUUUUCACACUAAGUCUGCAUUUCAUGCACCAAGUCACCCAUGGAAAGCAGGUUCUCCUUUCCUUCCAGAGUUCCCACAUAAAGUCACACCCACAAAAGGCUUUGGUUCCAUUUCACCUUACAUGCAACCGAUGAUUCCUGAGUACUCGCCCCAUUUUUAUGAGCAUAGGCUGGCUAUCUACACACCUUACUUGCUUCCAGGUAAUUCAGAGUGUGAAAGCUCUGCUCUGUCUGUCUAUGGCACACAAGAUCAAAGACACUUUCUUCCCCACCCUGGGCCACUUCCAAAACCCAUAAAUCCAUCAGCAUAUGAACACUAUCGAUUGUUCCAACAAUACCAUUCCACUCCUCCAAUACCAUACGGAUUUUGUAGGCCAACAGAUUCUCCAUUUUACAGAUUUUCACAUGUAGCUGGUAUUAACAGAGAUCAAAAUUCUCAUCUAAUGGAAGAAACUACCUUGCUGUACCCAGCUUCUUUAAGCCCAUCCCAACAAUACCCUCUAAGCUCACACAAAAAACAAGCAGAUUAUGAAAAAGAAAUUACAUUAUUGCAUGCCAAAAGUCAUUCCAAAGAUGACCAAAAUGAAAGAGAGAAUGCUAAAAUGAGCCCUCUCGCAGGAAGUGCAGCAACAGGCUCCCCUGGCAGACCCAGCCCAACCAACUUCACACAGACAAGCCAUGCAUGCGAAGGCUUAUUUGACCUCUCUAACAAGUCAUCUUCAACAUCACUUGGCAAGUAUGAUCAACCAGAAGAAAACUUCACAGCUUUCAGACCUGUGAGAAAAAGUACUGAUCAACCAACUCUACUUCAAAGUGUGCAGACACAGCAAGAUAGAGGAGAUUCACCUACCAGCAUUAACGUCACUGAUGAAGACUCACAUGCACAAAAUGAAUGUCAUAACAACGAAGGCUCACUGUCCAACAUGGAAGAAGACACAGGGACAGUUCCCCUUAAUCUUUCAAAAAAGGCUGACACAAACACAGGACUUAUUCAUGAGCAUGCAUACAAAACCACAUCCAAACCAGAAAGUCAGAACUUUCUAGAAUUGCAAGACAUGCCUCUGAACCUCUCGGUAAAAGAUUCUUGUAACACAGUAAGCCUGAAAACAUCAUUCCACGGUCCAUCUCACAAUAACUCUGCUACUCCUCCAAACACCGACAAUGAAACUUCUGGAGCAGGUGCAUGUAACCCCAAGAACUCUGUUAACCCUGCCAGCGACAGAUCUUCUUUCACAGCUCACUGUAAUGAAGCUCAAGACUUAAGGAUAAUUGACAGCUGUGAUGAACAGAAACAAACAGCAGCUGUAGCUCUCUGUCAGCUAGCUGCAUACAGCCCGAGCAAAGUCAGAAUGGACAACGAAGGGCAGAGUCCUCAGGACAGUAACGCUUCAUGUACAGAAGCUGCUCUUAAUUCUUUGGAUACUCAGGAUACUCAGGAUACUCAGUGCAAUCAAAAAGGAAAAGGACAAAAAAGGACAAAUCAGAAAGAAUCAGCAAAAUCACAGCAAGGUGCUAAAAGAGUAAGGCCAAAUGACUGUAGCAGAGUCUUCACUUUAAGGAAGAGAACAAGGGUAUCUUAA